AAAGAAAACAAGGCUUUGCGUCUACUAAACCAAUUCUCUUCUUCAAGGGGAAAAUCAACGCUUAAGACUUAACACGCCAUUGUUUUCUCUCCCCUCCAUUCUUUUUCUUCCCCAAUUCAUUCUCUCCGUCGGCCGAACAUCCAGGUUAAAAUUAUGCACUUUUUUCUCCAUAGUCUGAUCAAGGCAAGAAUUCUUCAAAAAUUGUAAAUACGAAGCAAUUAGGUUUUAUUUUAUGUGCACUUAAUUUGGCGAUUAACAUAGAAUUAGAUUAGUAUUUAGUAUGAUCAACUAUGAAUAACUUGAAUUUUAGGUGAUGAAGAACUUGUUUGAGAGAACUGGUACUGAUAAAUCGUCGUCUAGUACUAGUUCCUCUUCAAUUUUCCCUAAAUUUAAACACGAUCACAAAUUAUCAUCAUCACCUAGGGCUUCUUCGUUUUUGUCUGGGAUUUUUGUAUCAACAUUCUCAGUUUUUGAAUCUCGUGCUGAGGAAGGAGUAAAUUCGAAUUCGAAUUCUCCGAAAAAGGGAAUUAUAACUAACGCCAAAAUUAGUUGUACUGGUAGUAAUGGGUGGGCAGCUGCCGUAAAAAGAGUUAUGGCAAGCGGGUCAAUAAGAAGGAUUAAAGAGAAUAUGUUCGGGUUUUGUAAGUCGAGUGUUAUUUCCUCAACAAGUAACAUUUGGAUGUUGGGGGUUUGUUAUAAACUCGAUGAUGCUAUUGGCGGUGAUCCUGUUACUAGCAAUGGUUUUGCUGCGUUUGUUGAGGACUUCUCCUCGAGGAUUUUGAUGACAUAUAGGAAAGGGUUUGAUCCUAUUGGGGAUUCAAAGUAUACUAGCGAUGUUAAUUGGGGAUGCAUGCUUCGGAGCAGUCAGAUGCUUUUCGCACAAGCAUUGAUUGUUCAUCGAUUUGGGAGAUCUUGGAGGAAAAAUGUGAAUAAGCAAGUUGAACAAGGGUACCUUGAAAUCCUACACGAAUUUGGUGAUUUUGAAGAAUCAGCUUUUUCAAUCAAUAAGCUUCUAGAAGCUGGGGAGGGUUAUGGUCUAGCUGCUGGGUCAUGGGUUGGCCCUUAUGCCAUGUGUCGUGCUUGGGAAACUCUAGUUCGUGCUGAGAAAGUGAAAAUCAAUAAAUUACUACCAAUGGCUGUCUAUAUUGUCUCUGGUGAUGAAGAUGGUGAACGUGGUGGAGCACCUGUUGUUUGCAUAGAAGAUGUAUAUAGUUGCUGUCAUGAGCAUUCAGGUGGUGCAGCUGAUUGGAUGCCAAUUCUUUUGCUGGUCCCUCUAGUUCUUGGGCUUGAUAAGCUUAACCCCAGGUAUGUUCCUCUACUGGGGGCUACAUUUACAUUUCCCCAGAGCCUUGGCAUCUUAGGCGGGAAGCCUGGUGUUUCAACUUACAUCGUUGGUGUGCAAGAUGAAAAUGCAUUCUACUUGGAUCCACAUGAAGUUCAACCGGUGGUUAAUAUUAUGAAGGACCAGGCAGAGGUAGAUACUUCGUCAUUCCAUAGCAAUGUGAUCCGGCAAAUUCAUUUGGAGUCUAUUGAUCCUUCAUUGGCAAUUGGAUUUUAUUGCAGAGACAAAGAUGAUUUUGAUGAUUUUUGUUCACGAGCUUCAUCGUUAGCCAAUGAAUCAAAUGGUGCUCCACUAUUUACUGUAACUAAGAGCCGUAACACUCCUAGGACAUCAAACCAGUGUGGUAUUGAUGAAACCCGAGAAGAUGAUUCUUAUGACAUAGUGCAUUCAAGUAAUGAUGAUACGCACGAGGAUGAAUGGCAACUUCUCUGAUGAUGGAUUGAUGUUACGUGUGUGGGGAUUCAAAAUGUGAACUUGUUAAUAUUGAUGUUGAUCUCUUGAUUGCUUUAGCUUCUAAUCUCACAGAAAACGUUUUAUUUUAAUUUAAAUUCCUUUUUAUUGUUGGAAGACAAUGGAACUUGGUCAUCUGAAUUCAGAUAGUGAAAAUGUUGACAUCAGUAGAAAAAACUUGGUAGUACAUCGUUUUUCAGGUGUAAAUUCGUUUGUUCUAUGAAAUAAAAGGUGUUUAUUCAAUGAAAGGCGUAGGAUAUCUUCA